AAAUAAAACAUCCAAUUAAUUUUUCUAUUUUUAAUCCAAAUUUUCCAUCUUUUAGCUCAACCUUCAGUUUCAUCAUCUAUAUAAGUAGAGGUUCUUCCUCUUCUUUAAUGUAAUAUCUUUCUAAGAAGAUAUAUGCCUUUUGUGGACUCGAUGAAUUCUAUUGCUUUAACCUUUUGUGUUAUAGUUUUAGCAGUUCAUGGUCCUCAAACUUGGGCUUUAGAUCGUGGUUUUUUGGGUAAUAGAAAUUCUACGCCUUCUGGAGAAGGUUUAUGCGCUUCUUCAAUCACUAUUCAUGGCUACAAAUGUCAAGAACUUGAAAUUACAACUAAAGAUGGAUACAUUCUUAGCGUUCAAAGGAUUCUAGAUGGUCGAGUUAAGGUUGUUGGUAAUGUCACUAAGGAACCUGUGAUUGUACAACAUGGAGUUCUUGUGGAUGGAGCAACAUGGUUUUUGAACCGUCCAGAACAAAAUCUCCCCAUGAUUCUUGCAGAUAAUGGCUUUGAUGUUUGGGUUGUUAAUACCAGAGGAACCAGAUAUAGUCGCAAACACAUCAAAUUAGACGCGUCUAGCCAGGAAUAUUGGUAUUGGUCUUGGGACGAUUUGGUUGCCUACGAACUACCGUCUGUUUUUGAUUUUAUCUCAAAGAAAACAGGACAGAAGAUACAUUAUGUCGGACAUUCUUUGGGAACUUUAACAGCUUUGGUAUCAUUGGCAGAAGGUAAAUGGGUAAAUCAGGUAAAAUCAGUAGCAUUGUUGAGUCCUAUUGCAUAUUUGAAGCGAAUGACAACACCAAUUGGAGCUAUUGCUGCAAGAUCCUUACUCGGCGAGAGUCUUACUUCUAUGGGCAUUGCAGAAUUUGAUCCCAACGGUGUUCGGGUCACAGACUUCAUCCAUAAUAGUUGUGAUAAAUAUAACCUAAACUGCAAUGACUUAUUCACUUUAGUAACAGGUGAAAAUUGUUGCUUAGAUAAAUCAUCUUUUAGUGAUUUCAUGAAAAUUGAACCACAAUCAUCGUCAACGAGAACCCUUUUUCAUUUAGCUCAGAUUGUUCGAACUGAUGUAUUGUCAAAAUUUGACUUUAUGAGACCAAACAUAAACAUGUUGCAUUAUGGACAACCAACCCCUCCUCUCUAUGACCUCUCGAAAAUUCCUAAGGACAUUCCAAUUUUUAUGAGCUAUGGUGGUGCCGAUGCACUUUCUGAUAUCGCCGAUGUUAAGAAGCUGUUAAGUGACCACUUUCAAGACCAUGAAGCAGACAAGCUUAGUGUUCAAUUCAUUCAGAACUAUGCUCAUGGUGAUUACAUGUUUGCUACGAAUGCCCAUGAACAAGUCUACAGAAAUGUUACAUCUUUUUUCAAACGUAACUUUUGAAGUGCUCAAUUUCUCUAAUUUCCCUAAUAGCAACAAUUUUGGAAAGUGUUACAAAUUUGUUGUAUGUGACAAAUAAGUUUUGCUAUUGCGAAACUUUAUGUAAUUUUUUUGUCUAAAUAUUGUAAUAAAUAUUUAGGUUUUAUUAGAAAAAAAUUUACAUAUGUUUGAUAUAGAUAUUCAAAGCAACACACAUGCUUUUUCAACAUUUCCCUUGUAAUAAUAUUCAAAUUUGAAAUAAAGAAGGCUCAUCCAUCUUAUUUUAAUGGAUCAUCAACC